GAUCGUGUCUUUAGGAAGAUGCAUGCCUUUAUCUAAAUAAAUUGAAAAUGAUGUCUAAAUUUUUUCUCCGCAAUUAUAGUUUAUUAAAAAAAAAGAUUAAUAGUUUUAAAACUUUAUUAUAACGGUUAUUGAGGUAUUUGAGGGACCGACAUUAUAACUUCUGAUAUACUCUGACAUUUUCAGGCGGAGUGAGUGGUCUGUUUGUUUGCUUCCUCUCUGGUCACAAGCGUGCUCAGUUUCGUGUACAGCAGUAAUGCUGCACUUUAGCUUAAAUAAAUACCGUUUAUUCCAUAUGUUUGCGUACUCGCACAUUCUGCCUGCCCUUUAACUUUAACCAAACUACAAGUCAGCAGCUCUGUAAACAUGGCGGGAGUUAUCCGGAGGCUCGACGAGACUGUUGUCAACCGCAUUGCUGCGGGAGAAGUUAUUCAGCGUCCUGCCAACGCCGUCAAAGAAAUGAUUGAAAACUGUUUGGAUGCAAAGUCCACAAGCAUUCAGGUGACGGUGAAGGACGGCGGACUGAAACUUCUUCAAAUUCAGGACAACGGCACUGGCAUCAGGAAGGAGGACAUGGAAAUCGUUUGUGAGAGGUUCACCACAAGCAAACUCCAAACUUUUGAGGACCUUUCGAGUAUCGCAACCUAUGGAUUCAGAGGAGAGGCUCUUGCUAGCAUAAGCCACGUUGCCCAUGUGACCAUAACCACAAAGACAGCUGAUGCAAAGUGCGCUUACAGAGCCAACUACAGCGAUGGCAAACUAAAAGGCCCUCCCAAACCAUGUGCUGGCAACCAGGGAACGCAGAUCCUUGUGGAGGAUCUUUUCUAUAACGUCUCCACUAGGAGAAAAGCUCUAAAGAGCCCGAGCGAUGAGUACUCCAGGAUUGUAGAAGUGGUCGGCAGGUACGCCAUACACAACUCAGGAAAAAGCUUCUCUGUCAAAAAGCAAGGAGAGACCGUGGCAGAUGUAAGGACUCUUCCCAAUGCGUCUGUAGUGGAUAAUAUUCGAGGAAUUUUUGGCAACGCAGUCAGCAGGGAGCUGAUCGAAGUUGCCUGUGAAGAUCAGAAGCUCGCAUAUAAGAUGAAAGGCUACAUCUCCAACGCAAACUAUUCAGUCAAGAAAUGCAUUUUGAUCCUGUUCAUAAACCAUCGUCUGGUGGAGUCGAGCGCUUUGAAGAAAGCGAUUGAGACAGUUUAUGCUGCAUAUCUCCCUAAGAACACACACCCGUUCCUUUACUUGAGCUUAGAAAUCGCUCCUCAGAAUGUGGAUGUCAAUGUUCAUCCAACUAAACAUGAGGUGCACUUCCUGCAUGAGGACAGUGUCAUCGAGAGCGUUCAGAAGCACAUCGAGAGCAAACUCCUGGGCUCCAACUCCUCACGUACAUAUUUCACUCAGACGUUGUUGCCGGGACUGUCAGUCUCAGGUAACACCGAGGUUAAGGCCUCCAGCACUACAUCGGAGUCUAGCGAGCGAGUCUACGCACAUCAGAUGGUGAGGACCGACUGUCGCUCACAGAAGCUAGAUGCCUUCCUCCAACCAAAAGAAAAGCCGCUCCCUGAUCCCGAGCCUGCUGGUCCCAGCAGUGGGCAGACAGCAAUCAAAGCCAUCCAGCCGGACAGCAUAGAGAUGGACGAUGUAGAUGACUCAGACAUGCUGGAGGCGGUGGCUGAACAGGAAGCAGAGGUGCCAAAGGGCGAGGAACAAGGCAGCGUCGGUGCUCUUGAUAAUCAGAGGAAGCGACAGAGGACAGAGCAGAAAGAGAAAGAGCAGGAAGAAGGCGAGGACUUGACGGCCGCAGCCACGCCCAAGAGACGAGCGAUCAAACUGACCAGCAUCAAAGACCUGAGAGCUGAGAUCACAGAGAACACGCAUAAAGGUCUUCAAGAAAUGGUGCAGAACCACUCGUUUGUGGGCUGCGUCAAUCCUCAGUGGUCUCUGGUGCAACAUCAUACUAAGCUCUACCUGCUCAACACCACCAAACUCAGCCAGGAGCUUUUCUACCAAAUACUCAUUUAUGACUUUGGAAAUUUCGGUGUACUCAGACUGUCUACCCCAGCACCUCUUUAUGAUUUGGCCAUGUUGGCUUUGGAGUCGGAGGAGAGCGGCUGGACUGAAGAGGACGGUCCCAAAGAAGGCCUGGCUCAGUACAUAGUGGACUUCCUAAAAAAGAAAGCAGAGAUGUUGGAGGACUACUUCUCCAUGGAGAUAGACCAGGAAGGAAACCUACUAGGACUCCCGCUGCUCCUCGACAACUACACUCCAGUCAUGGAGGGUCUCCCCAUGUUCAUCCUGCGCCUGGCCACUGAGGUGAACUGGGACGGUGAAAAGGACUGUUUCAGAGACUUCAGCAAAGAGUGCAGCAUGUUCUACUCCAUCAGGAAGCAGUACAUCCUGGAGGCCGAGCCAGGAGAGGAGCAGGGCACUGAGGUGAACUCUUGGCGGUGGAAAGUCGAACACCUCAUCUUCAAAGCUUUCCGAACCCUCUUCAGUCCUCCGAAGAGCUUCAGCGAGGAUGGCACCGUGCUGCAGAUCGCCAACUUACCCGAUCUCUACAAAGUGUUUGAGAGGGCCUGGCCACAUGGAUGAGAGAAGACAAGAGAGAGGAGAAGAGGCAGAGAAGUUGGAUAGACUUUGGAUAGACAUGCAAUGCCACACAUGCUGGAACAAGACAGGUACCAUGCACAAACAUGCACUGUGCAUAUCAAACAAACAAGAGGGACGUAAUAACAAACAGCACACUAGCAGAGAAGGACAAGGUGACGAGCUUUGAGGGUUAAAGGGAAAGAUUAAAAGGAAAGGUAGAGCACAGGGGGUUUGAAGGGGCACUGCUUCUGAUUCUCACAAAAAACUGUACAUUAACACGAUGCUAUGAAAUAAAUACCACGAUGCUGACUACAUUAACAAAUUGACCGAUUCACAGAUGGAACAUGCAUCUCAUGCUGCAAUUUAUGGACUUAAAUGUCUCUUAGAGUUCACAUGACCAUCCUUCCAGAAAUGUUGACCACAGCAGGUUUAACGCCGUGCCAGUACACUGUUAUUGUUAGCUGAGGCUGCACAAUCAAACUGAAAUCUGUUAUUCUGACAUGCAAAAAUCCAAACCGUAUGUGAAUGGGUUCUGUUAUGUGCUAAUGCCUAAGGGUCUCCAUCAUGCAGAGACAGCAUGAGAGGCAAAAGAGCUGGAGCGGAGAAGGGAGCAAAAAACAAAAAACCCCACAGCCAUCGAUUGCCUCUCAUGUUCUGUCAGAGCACUGGCAUGGGACCUCCUACCGCAAU